AAUAAAAACCCUCCUCCCCUCCUCUUCUUCUUCUUCUUCUGAAAAAGCUAGCGACUUUACUGGCUCUUGUUGGUUCAGCUGAAAUUUCAAAUUGUGUGGUGGCGGUUAUGGAGGCGCUGAACAACGCGAAAGCAGCAACCCUAACUGUAUCUGUUGCUGCAAACCCUUCAAAAUCCCAACGUGGACUUAACAAGCCUAAGUGCAAACAUUGUGGCAAUGUUGCUCGCUCUAGGUGUCCAUAUGAAUCAUGCAAGAGUUGCUGUUCAACAAAUCAAAAUCCAUGUCAUAUUCAUGUCUUGAAAGCAAAUUUAACUAUGCUCGACAAGACACCAUCUUCUAUUACUGCUCCACUUGAUCAGCAAUACAUGGAAUCAUCUCAAUCAACAAGCGCAAGUAGAGUUGCAUCACUUCGACAACUUUCCAACAACUUUGCACAGUUCAAUAAUUUGAACAUUUCACUUCGUUCAAAGAAGCCACUAACUAGAAAGGAUGCUGCAACUAUAAAUGAAUGGAGAUUUUCCAAGUUAAAUGAAUACAAGAAGCAAAACAUUGAAGUCGAAAAUGAAGGUUUUGACCGAUACAUGCAGAAUGUAGAACUACUGGAAGAAGUAUUGUCUGUGAAGUCUACGGAAGACAAUACGUCAUCUGCAUCAGAGUCUAAUACUUCUUCAAUGGAGAACAAAAAUGAGAUAGUGAUCUCGGAGCUGAAAUUGCAGCUAAGAUCAAACUCCACGAGAAGUGAUAAUGUGAGAAUGAGAAUGCAACAACUUGUAGAUAUGGGAUUAAAGAAGCUUAAAAAGUCGGCAGUAGAUAGUAACAUCAAUGAACCAAUUGAUGAAGAACCUAAUAAAGCUUCGAAAAGGGCCAAAAGUUGGAAAACCGAAAGGUUAUCUGCUACAAGUGAUCUUCUUGAUAAAAUUAAUAAAGCCCGUAGUGAGGAGGAUUUGAAGUCAUGCUUAGAGAUGAAGUCCCAACUCUUCAAUUUGGAAAUAGGCUCUGGCAUAAUAGCACUUCAAGACAAUGAAACACAUGAGAAUGAAAUUGCUGAAAGUGAUUCCACCUUAGCAAAAGAAUUGGAUUAUUCUUUACCAAAAUUGGUUGUUACUGCUGAAAUUGAUCAAGAAACUCUAAGCACCAUAGACAGAUACUUAUCUUCCCUUGAGCAUUUAGGAGAGUUAUGAGGCGAGAUUUCUUGAUAAUUAGUCUUUUAGCUUGUGCAGAGAUGUAUAAAUCUGAAUGUUGUAUUCUUUAAAGCAUCGUAUUACAGUGACAGGAUGCGGCUCCCCCAUUUUGUUUAGUAAAUUUGUUAUUAUUAUUAUUAUUAUCUCAACUAGUUUGGGAUAAAU